GGAGGGCUUCACUGGUGCACGACUCUGCGCUCUGUUUACUCUCUGCGCGUCCAAAAGUCAUGGAUAAACAAACAUACGCUAUUUGUUCGUUCAGUCUGUCUGGUCUGCGCCUCUGUGGCAGAGAAAUGACUGUUGCUGAGUAAUUUCAAUAGGACCUGAUAGGAAAUAUUAGCGGGGUGAGUGAGGUUUGGAGCCAAGUGGACCAACACAUUGUCACCCUCGAGUCUCCUGUGGUCAGCCCUUCUGAUCCGCUGUCAAAAUGACCUCACGACGGGGAGACAUACCAGCACUUGAGUCUGGCACAUCAUCCGGUCUCUUUGGCGCCUUUUCGGCUCCCAUUGGAAUGACUCGGCGCAAUGUCAGCUAUGAUGAGCUAAUGGAUGCCGUCAUGCAAUCACCACCUCCAGACAUGUCUGUCAACAAGUUGUGGAUAAACCCUGUCAUCCCUCAGCACAAGUUCAGGAAGACUGCAGAGGUAGGCGAGGUGGAUGGGAAGUUGCUGACUUUUGAGGCAGCAUCGCCAGUCAAGCCCCCUGUGCCUGUUGUGAAGGCCAAAGCCACCUCUUUAAUGAACACAAUAAUGACCAAGAAGACCCAAGAGAGCCUCCAGAAGUUCGAGCACCAGGCAGGGCUCACUGAUGCCGGGUAUUGCCCCCACAAGGGGCUCUCUGCUGAGGAGACACGCUUUCACCGACUGGGCGAAGGUACAGUGCCAAAGUUGAGAAUGCCAAGCGGGGACUUCAAGGAGGAAAGGUGUACAACAUCAACACAAUCCACCCCAAGUGGCACCCCUUCCGUCACCCCUUCCGUCACCCCCUGUGUUACUCCCCACACAUCACCGGCUGUUAGUCGCAGGAACUGGUUCCAGCUGAGUCCUGCACAUUUUCUUGCCACCCCAGACCUUAAUUGUCCCGACAUGGGUGGAAAUGAAGGAGGAGGAGGAGGCGGCGGAGGAGGAGGAGGAGAAAGGUGGAGCUUCUUUGGAACUCGAUCCAUGGUACAGAAGUCCCCCACUGACCCAGGCUGUGACACCAGCACAGGCUUCUCACUGCAGUCCUAUUUCGGCAUGCAGAAGUCCUCUACCAUGGAUGGCACCAACACCCAGGUCAACUUCAACGGGGAUGACCCUGCCAAUUUCAUGCCCCCCAAGAUUGAAAUCUCGGGUAUUGAGGCCAAGCAGGCACCCACACGGCCACACAAACUUAAACCUCGGGACAUGAAUGUUUUAACACCCUCGGGCUUCUGAAGACAGACCAGCUGUGUAGUAACAUCUUCAAAAAAAUAUUAAAGAUAUGAUAUCAACCAUAUCUUUAAUAUAUAUACAUUUUUUUUCUUUUUUUUCCGACUGGUUGCUCACUUGCUUUCGUGUCCUCCUUUGUCCCCUCUGAGAGGAGGGUGAGAGGAAUGAGGAACACCUUGUAGUAUUAGCUCAUCGGCCCCAGAGACAAGCCUGUUACUCCUCCCAACGAACCUACUCCGAUGGAUUUCCAUCGUCUAUUAGUGCACACCGUCCCCUUCCUAUUUCCUCCGGCUCAUUGGUCCAAAUAUAACAUCACUUGAUGUAACUUCACUUGUCAUCCUUAAAGGUAGUAUUGCGUUGUAGUAUUAUUGUUGUUCUGUCACAGACCCGGUGCAUUGACAUGCAAUGUAUUUCUGUCCUUGUUCCAUUGGCGUGAGAUGGAAGUUGUUGAAAUAUUCUGUCAGUCCCUUUGCUCAAGCUCAUCACUUAAGCAUUGCCUCUCAUAAAACUGACCAGCUAUUUCAACUAAUAAUGCUCAGUUGCCUCUUCUCUUUUGAAUAAGCACACAGAUUUGUAGUUGUGUAGUCCUUUCUUCAGUGAGCAUGCUCCGUAUCGUCUGGGAUGACUGAUAUGUGCCUAAACUUGCAGCAUGUUUGCUUUUGGCGUUGUUGCCAUCAAAGUACAUAUUUUUUUAAUUAUUAUUAUUGCAUAGAAGCGCAUCUUAAUUUACUUUGAGUAUGACUGAUGACCUGAAGUGAUGUUUGAUUUUGUAUUUUUUUUUUGUGGUCAUUUCACCGUCAGCAUUUUCAUAUUGUUCUACAUGAAAUCAAGAUUGAUUCUAAAUAGUAGUGUAUUGGGGUUUAUCAUAUGUGUUGUGCAUAAACAAAUUGUUUCAACAUUCUAUGAAAAUACAAAGCAUUAAAGUGCUCAUUUCUAUUUUGCAUUUCCUGUAUCGCAAUUUAAGAAUCACUGCGGUUUUCCUUGAAAAAGUUGAUGAAUUCCAGUAAGUAAAUGCACAAAGGAGAUGGUCUCCCACUGACAUCUGUAAAUAAAUCUGAUGAUAACAAGUACAA